ACACGCUGUUGUUGGAAUACUAGCUUCGUUCUCUUGUGGUGUGCUCUGUGUGUUCAUUCGGCGCCCAGUCUGGCUCUGGGUUUCCUCGAUAACGCUAAAAUCGACUAACGUCAUGCUGAUGUCUCAUGCGACUGGCGCCCUGCUCGGACUAAGCAUAUGUUCUUAUUCGCCCCUUGCAUUCAUUCUUGUAUCGCAACCAGCAUCUCUUGCUUAAAAGCGCAUAUAUGCAUAGAUACUGCUCGUUCUGAAGGUCCCUCCUCAGUGUCAGUGCUUCACAGGUUAGACAAACUAGCGUGCGUCUUUGCCGGUCUGUCUCCACUCCGAGCUUCUGGUUAGAACGUUGUCGUACGACCUAGCCACAACCUCGAGGCGUCUGCUCUACUCAGUUGCUAAGCUUGUCCACAAAGCUUAUCACUAGAUACGCAUAUAUAAACCUUUUCCUCACUUGCUCCCAAGGCAAGACUCAGGUAGUCCGCUCUACCCCAACUAAUCCAAUCCAUCGCGAGCCCCCUCGUUCAACCCCCCCCCCCCCUCCCCCCCCCCUUCGCAGUCACUAGUCACGAUGCAUCUCACGUUCGCGCCCGCGUUAUGCCAGACAACGACGGUGCCGUUGCCCCCUCUCGCUGAGGGAGCGACGCACUAUGACCUCAAGUUCAAGGCAACGUUCGAUUCUCCCGCAUCAUACAACCAUGCGAUAGAGAAUGGGAUCAGGGUCGAGAUGUGGACUGAUCUGCCUGUAGCGGGUUCUGACGAGGGAUGGUGUGCUUUGGCGUUUCGCAGUCCUGAUGAAUACCGGGGGAACGCCCAGUCCAGCGCAGGAUUAAUGUUCUCGUGUGUUCCCCCCAAGCCCUCUGCCGCUGAUGCAGCACAGGAGCUAGCAGUGUAUUCAAAAGUCCAGAUCCCUAUUGCCUCUGUCCAUGACGAUGGGACAAUGUACUCAUUCACGUAUCGCUUGGUUCAUCCUUCCGGCGACAUGCAAUGGUUGGGUGCUUUUGGCCAGAAUGGGAUUCUCAGGUUUGAGAAGAGGGAUGUGCGAGCUCAGUUCGUGUCGGAUAUCACCGUCGUUGGGAACUCUGUUGUCCUAAAGGGUGAAACAGAAAGGGACGUUGGUAGUUUGAGCCGGGGUUUGGUGUGGGAGCGCUGGGCGAUUGGGCAGAACGGUGUGAGCUAUGCGACUACAUUUACCGCUCCUGCGUCUCGGACUGUCAUCCUCCUUCCCCGCUCACUUCCAAACUCCCAUUCAAUCGUUCCUCUGGAGCCCGUCAUACUGACAGUUGACGCCCCAACCUCUGCCCUCAGCAUCAAUGCCUCUGGGGCUGUUAUCUUUCAUCCUGAUGCUUUCCCAGCUUCGACAUCCGAAGCGGGCACAUUUGGAGAAUCGAGGUGGUCACUCGGUGACACCACCCGACUACUUCAGUAUGACACCGAGUCCGGCACUGCCCUGCUCGCUUCAGCGCACGAUGGGUACCCCCUUACACUGUCUAUUAUUCCAAUCAAAGAGGUGCCUUUGGGUACAGCAGUUUGUUCUGCUCGCAUCCCUGCCAAGGACCUCUCGCUUCUGUUCCCUUCAUCUUCGGAUUUCGUGCUCUUCCAUAAAGGAACCACGAACUACCUACCGAUCUCUCCUUCACUGGUCGAUGAAGUCAUUACCAUCCAAGUUGCCUCUUCUGGUGGUCAAGUCCUUCUUACACCCCUCUUCUCUAUUUCGCCUGCGAAUGAGGAGACUUCGCCUGUGCAGCUUGGUUUGAUCUCUCAUCAUUCCAAGAUAGAGCUUGUCCCGGCCUUCGGUGCAGCUUCCAUUCUGCCAACACCUCCUCCCUCGCCGCCCGUCGAGUCUGUAUCCCUUCAUGAGGACCGUGACUCCGGAGAGGCAACGCAAGGAACUGCACCUGCACAGGAAGAAAAUAAAUUGAAUGGUACUCCUAAUGAAAAUGCUACUGCCACACGUUCUAGUGCAGCUACAAGUACGCUUGAUAUCUUAGGUCCGCAGGUCUCCAACCGAGCAACUCCUGCGUCCACUGUACCUUCGUCACCAAACAUCGCUUCUGGCCAUAUAGUCACGUCCGUCGGGCUUUCACGACCUGGCGCCAAUUCCGUCCGUCUUCGUUCCAUUGUGGGGAUGAGCGUAGAGCAUAUUAUGCGAGCUCUUUGGACGAGAUUCUUCGGAAUUUUUUGGCUCGUCUUGGCUCGGAUCGGGUUGAAGGCGCCUGAGAAGCCCGUCGAGCCGGCUGCUCACUUCCAUGAGGACGUCAGCGAGGAUACAGGAAUUGACGACGUAGAGGAGAGGGCCGUAGUUGAGGAGGCUCAGGAGGACCUUCCUCAUUCAUCAUCGCAAGGUGUCAUCGAAGGACUAGAGAAUGUCGCCAGUUCGCCCGUCGAGGAGGUCCCGCAGGAGAGCGAUGAGACCCGGUCGGAUAUCACCGCCGUGGACCGAGAAAAUGAUGAAAAGACGGAAAAGCCACCAGUCGUCAGCUACGAGGGCCCAAAAGCCACAAAGACUACUGCAUCAGCCUCUCGUCCGGCAUACUUUUCAGCGGAUGUGAUUGGACAGGCUGUCGCCCUGCUUGUUCGCUCACCUCUUUCAGAGACCAAGCCAUCCAUCCCGAAUAUCUCUGUGAAACUUGAUGACCAAGUUAUCUCUCAGCUUCCGUCCAAAGUACUAUCCAAAAUCGACUCGGAAACUGAGAUGGCGACCUUCCUGAUCGAAUUCGGCGCUCCCGCAUCAGGCGGCAAAGUCGAGAUCACUUUGAACUGAGAAAGUUCAUUGUUGUGUUGUAUAAUGUGCUCGUCAAGUGUUUCUCCGGUAGACCUCUUGAAGCAUUAACACUGUAUCCAGAAGGUGUGUAUAUCAGUCUUGUAGUGUUACCUCUUUUCUUGCUCCGUCAUGUCUGUCAUGUUUGUUUACGUACGAUUUUGUUAUGUUGUUCUAUAUUUGUCGUCGCUCACUGUCGCUGUCGUCCAUUCACGUCUAGAAGUGUUUUUGUCUAACCCUCAAUGUACAUAACGCAUCGUCAUCAUCCCAACCACCAUUUCCCUUCAAACACCUCGAAGAGUGUGUUAUCAGUGUGACUGCCUAAUUGAGGGAAGCACAAUGACGAUCGCAUUAAUGUUAGCGAGAUCAAGAGGUUGAAAAUAUAGCCUCCACCUGCCA